AUGUCGAUAGUUGGCUUGAAGAACGCGGUAGUGCGACUGGUGAAGGGGAAGCCGGCGGAGAACGGGCAGGCGCCGCUCUUGCGGAGCGGGCAGGCAGGCUACGGGAGCCGCGAGGAGGACGAGGAGGAGCACGCGGGCGGCAAAGACGGGGAGGAGGCGCCGGCGGGGCUCCUCGGGAACGUGGACCCGCGGGUGAUGUCCGACUUGAUCAUCGGGCUCAGCGACGGGCUCACGGUGCCGUUUGCGUUGACGGCGGGGCUUUCUUCGCUCGGGGACUCGAAGUUGGUGAUAACGGGUGGCUUUGCCGAGUUGAUAUCGGGGGCCAUCUCGAUGGGCCUUGGUGGGUUUCUCGGCGCGAAGUCCGAGUCCGACUACUACCACUCGGAGGUGAAGCAGGAGAAGCGGAAGUUCUAUAAUAACACGCAGUUGGUCACGCACGAGAUCGAAGACAUCCUCUUGGAGAUCAACCCGGAUUUUUCGGAUGCGACGAUUGUGUCUUUCAUCAAGGACUUGCAGCGGGAUCCGGAGCUAAUGGUGGACUUUAUUAUCAAGUAUGGGCGCGGCUUGGAAGAGCCUGCGGAGAACAGACAGGUGGUCUCCGCGGCAACUAUCGGAGGCGGGUACUUCAUCGGCGGGUUCAUCCCGCUACUUCCCUACUUUUUUGUCGACCAGGUUGGCACGGGCUUGAUACUGUCGAUUGCGAUCAUGGCCAUCACUCUAUUCUGGUUUGGGUUUUUCAAGACCCAGAUAUCUAUGCGGGACAACUGUACAACGCAGAAAAAGUGUAUGGAGGGCAUUCAGAUGAUGGCAGUCGGGGGGAUUGCAGCUGCAUCUGCCUGGUUCUUUGUCAGAAUACUCGGCUGA